AUGUACAGUUCACACUUAGUCCUUGUCCCACUGUACGUCAAGUACCCAGCAUCCCCUCGGUUCUGCAGCGGACACAAAGGAGACACGCCCCUCCCGCACGAGUUUUCCCAAGUCACGCGAGAUCUCGUAGCGGGGGUGGCAGACCCAGUCCGGGCUCCUAAGACCUGCCUGGGCCACAGCUGGGCGGCCCCUCGACGUCUCGGGCCGCGUGAGACCCGAGUAAGCCGAGGCCCGCAGGCUUUGAGGCGGCCCGAGGGCGGCCGCACGGAGGACGAGCGGGGCUGCCCCACAGCAGAAUAUUUUGAGAAGAAAAAGCUAAAAUCAAAGAAGUUUGUGGAAGUUUUAUCACCCUCUAAAAAUUCUUCAGUCAGUUUAGAUCUUCUCGAUUUGUAUAUGGUAAAUCAGAUCUCUAUGAAGAAGGAAGAAACUGCCACUGUGAGAAAGCCAACAUUUGUGAAUGUAAAUAGGAACACAAAAAUAUUCAUAGGAAGGAAGAAUUUAGAAUUUUCAAUGCCUUCUCGUUAUAAAGUAUCCAACUUCUGUUUCAACAUAGAAAACAGUUAUCAUGCUGCACAAGAAAAAUCAGAUCCAAAAGAAAAAAAUGAGAAAGAAAAAAAAAUCAAGCAAAGAACAACAGAAAAAGAUUCUGGGUGAAGAAGAUGUGAUUUGGAAGCAAGAUCAACAUUUAUAAUAAAUACCAGUCAAUAUGACCCAAUAACUUUCUUUAAUAAAAUAAAUAUAACUUUUGAAUGGGAGGAGAAAAAAAUUAUAGAUCAUAGAUCUUAAUGUACAGACUGGCCCAAUCUCAAUUUAUAGAUAUGGAAACUAAGGCCUGGGAAAAUACCCUGGGUCAUACAAGGUAUAAACAUUAAAGGUAGGAAUUAAAACAGAACCUCUGAUUUUAGAACUAAUAUUCCUUCCACUGUAUUAAUACUACUUAUCCCUUAGUGCAAAUCCAAGUGUUUCUAUUGAGAUUAAUAUUAAAAAAUAAAAAUGGACAUUACUUUGGA